AUGGCUCAAAACUCCGACUUCUACCUCCCGCCUCAGUUUCUCACCGACGACGAAAAACGGUUCGUCAACCACCUCUUCACUCCCUCCAAAAACGACGACGUUUUCAACUCCUUUUCAAUCGAUGACAAACACUACAUCAACGAGUUAACUCGUCGCAUGGCUCAGUCCUCCCUCCAUCACCAACUCGCUCUCAACAACAAGGGCUCUUCACCACAAUCAAGGCAAAACGACACCGUUUUGAACUCGAACUCGAACUGGAACCAUCACAGAGUUACGAAUGAUCUACUGCAUGCGGUUCCGUGUGAAGUUGAUGAGGCUCACCGAGUGAACAACGAUGAAGCUUUUUACGGGUUUCUCCCGAAAAAGCCCUCUAUAUUUCACUCUCAGAAUCUUCAACACUCGAUUUCUCAGAAACAGUUACAGCUUCAGUUACAAAUAGCACAAUUUGAGAUGUUGAAGAAGCAGUGGUUGAAGCAACGAGAUGAACUGGCUCGUGGUUGUGGAGUUUUUUCGCAGAGAAAUAAUUGUAAUUACCAAAAUGUCCUUGGAAGAGGAACGAACAGUGAAACGGUUUUUCCGGGAAAAGUUGGUUUGUCGCCAUCUGCAUGGCCUUCUGUGCAAAAGAUUGGGAACAACAAUAAACCCGUUUUUCCUGGAAACCCUAAUUUGAAAAAGGAAAGAAACGGAACCGGGGUUUUUUUGCCUCGGGUUGUUGAUACCGAGUCAUCACGAAAAAAACCAGCUUGUAGAAAUGUGGUUGUUCCUGAUAGAGUUGUUCAUGCAUUGAAUCGGAAGGUUGAUGAAGGUGUUAUUAGAGGUUACAUGCAACAGAAGAAUCGUUUUCAUGGAACUUCAAAUAUUGAAAAUGGUAUUGGAAGGAAUGGGAGUGAUGAUGGUUCUGUUAAGCAAAAGCUGAACGUGAGAGCACAGCAGACAGAGGUGAACAGUGAGAUUCAUCUACCUCAAGAAUGGACUUAUUGA